ACCACUACUGCCCCAACAACCACCAUUGGCCUAACUUCAACAACCACUGCUCAAACUUCAGCUACUGCAACCACCACUCCAACCACAACCACAACUACUGCUGGCCCAACUUCAACAAUUUCCACUCCUUCAACACUAACCACUGCUCAAACUUCAGCUGCUGAUGCAACCACGACUGCUGUACCAACAACCAGCAACCCGAGUACAACAACUCCUGUUCAAACUACAACACCAAGUAUCCCUACAACAACUGCUACCCCAACAACCACCACUGGCCCAACUACAACAACUUUUAUCCCAUCAACAACUGGAGCCCAAUCAACAACAACUUCUGCUCCAUCAACUGCCAGCUCUUCAACCGCGAGCACCACUCAAACUACAACUGCUGCAGCAACCACGACUGCUGUAUUGAAAACAACUGAUGACUUGACAACAACCACCAUUGGCCCAACUUCAACAACCAGUGUUCAAACUACAACUACUGCUUCAUCAACAACCACCACUGCUCCCCCAACAACCACCACUGGCCCAACUUCAACAACCAUUGUUCCAACUACAGCUACUGCUUCAUCAACAACCACCACUGCUGCCCCAACAACCACCAUUGGGCCAACUUCAACAGGCAGUGUUCCGACUACAAGUACUGCUUCAUCAACAACCACCACUGCUGCCCCAACAACCACCACUGGCCCAACUUCAACAACCACUGUUCCAACUACAGCUACUGCUUCAUCAACAACCACCACUGCUGCCCCAACAACCACCACUGACCAGAGUUCCACAACCAGAAUUCCAACUACAACUACUGCUUCAUCAACAACCACCACUGCUGCCCCAACAACCACCACUGGCCCAACUUCAACAACCAGUGUUCCAACUACAACUACUACCACUGCUCCCCCAACAACCACCACUGGCCCAACUUCAACAACCAUUGUUCCAACUACAGCUACUGCUGCCCCAACAACCACCAUUGGGCCAACUUCAACAGGCAGUGUUCCGACUACAAGUACUGCUUCAUCAACAACCACCACUGCUGCCCCAACAACCACCACUGGCCCAACUUCAACAACCACUGUUCCAACUACAGCUACUGCUUCAUCAACAACCACCACUGCUGCCCCAACAACCACCACUGACCAGAGUUCCACAACCAGAAUUCCAACUACAACUACUGCUUCAUCAACAACCACCACUGCUGCCCCAACAACCACCACUGGCCCAACUUCAACAACCAGUGUUCCAACUACAACUACUGCUUCAUUAACAACCACCACUACUGCCCCAACAACCACCAUUGGCCUAACUUUAACAACCACUGCUCAAACUUCAGCUACUGCAACCACCACUCCAACCACAACCACAACUACUGCUGGCCCAACGUCAACAAUUUCCACUCCUUCAAUACUAACCACUGCUCAAAUUAAAGCUGCUGAUGCAACCACGACUGCUGUACCAACAACCAACAGCCCAAGUACAACAACUGCUGCUCAAACUACAAUUACAAGUAUUCCUACAACAACUGCUCCCCCA